CAUGAAAGCUCAACAAGAGUCCAUUUUAGCAGCAUAUGUGGGCAUGCUGAUACAAGGGAUUAUAAUCAUUAAAAGUCCUCAUAGAAAUCCAGUCUCAUUCUAGUGAGAAAGGAACACAUCAGAGAACCAUCAUGUGACACUGUCUCUUGGUCAUCAGUCAUCACCACGAUAAACCUUGAGAAACACUUAAUUCCAUUUAGUCUUAACCCUGCACUAAAACGAGCACUAUAUAUACGGCAUCACCCUUGUCGACCUGCUGCAAAAUUCAGAAGAAUUCACAUCGAAAAUUCAGAGUUUCAGAGACUAUAGUGCGCAGACAGACAGUUAUCAGUUGCCGUAACUAUCACUGUAGCAAAUACUGCAAGGACGAGUUCAGACUGACAUAGUGACAGUGAAUCUGUGAUCCAGUGAAGCUUAGCUGCAGCUGUGAGAGAGUGAGCUAGAAUGGGAGGUAAGCUGCAGCAUCUCAUGGAGAGGCUUCACCUGGCUGGGAAGGGCGGCGGCGGCGGCGCGGCGAGGGACGUGCCGAGGGGACACUUCGCGGUGUACGUCGGCGAGGCUCGGGCGAGGUUCGUGGUGCCGACGGCGUACCUGAGGCAGCCGGCGUUCGUGGCGCUGCUGAAGAGCGUGGAGGAGGAGUACGGCUUCGACCACUGCGGCGGCGGCGGCCUCACCAUCCCCUGCUCCGAGCGCGACUUCUCCGCCCUCCUCGGCCGCCUCGCCUCCUCGCCGCCGCCGCCGUCGUGGCGUUGAUCACGACGAGCUCAUGACGAUGACUUAGCACAUCGAUCGAUGAAUGGCUAGCUAGCCGUGUUCCUGUUCUUGGUUUCUUUCAUCCACGGCAAACGUUGGAAUUCGUAGGAUUUUUCUAUUUAUCAGUGGCGUGUAAGUGUAAUUAUGCAGCCAUUGGUGUGCCGAAUCAGCGCUUAAUUUUUUAAGAGUGAAUCAGCGCUUAUUUGAAAAACAUUUUAGGACUUGUUCAUAUGAAUUUUACAUGUUUUUUUAGGAAUCAGUUCAAUUCCCCCAAAAAUUCUUUAAAAUUCUUACAUAAAAAAAUUAAAACAUUAUAAAACAGUAAUACUGUUCCAACGAAAUAGCUAACCAUGCUAACCUCAUAAUGGUACCUAUGAGUAUCGUGUAUGGUACCAUGAUACUAGAUCCAAUACCGAUAUUGCGCUUACGUCACACUACCGUUACCACACAUAAGUUAUUAUGUUAGAAUGGUACUUACUCCAUCUACUUUUGAUAGAGAUAUUUUCAAAUAUGAAGAAAUUACUUUUGAUAGACAUAUUUCAA